AUGGACUGGGACCCAAACGCGACCGACACUGAUGGCUACAUCUGCCCUCCGUGCCCCGUGUUCUACCCCACGGCCGAGGAGUUCCAGCAACCGCUGAAAUAUAUUUCCAGCAUUCGCCACAUCGGCAUGCAGGCCGGCAUCUGCAAGAUCGUGCCGCCCAAGGGCUGGCGUCCACCGUUCGCCAUCAACGAGAAGACAUUCCGCUUCCGCACGCGCGUGCAGCAGCUCAACUGCAUCGAGGGCCACUCGCGCGCGGAGGGCCAGUUCGUGGAGGCGCUGAGACUCUUCUUGUACCAGCGUGGGGAGCCCAUGAAGGAGCUGCCGCGCGCCGACGGGCAGCUCGUGAAUCUGCACUUGCUGUACAAGACGGUGGUGGCUCUGGGCGGCUUUGAGGCUGUCUGUGCGAGUGACAGGUGGGAGCAGGUGGUGCGUCGAGUAGGCCGCACGAAGGCAGCGAGCGAGCCGUCCGAGGAGCUGUGUCAGACUUAUAAGACACACUACCAGACCAUGCUGCUCGCCUACGAAAAGCAGCAGCAAGGCAAGCAGGAGAACAACAACAACAAUAGCAGUAGUAGUGACACAACAGAGGCGAAGGUCAAGGUCAAGGUCGAGGAGGUGCAUGCCACGCCUUCGGCCGCCAGCGCCUCGGGUGAUACCAAGGCCACGCCGUCUUCUAAGCCGCACAGUAUCAGCGGCAGAAAGCGGUCGGCCGCCACAUUAACAACUCGAGAAGAGGACGACACAGAAGAAGACGGCAGGCUGCGCGUUAAGCGUACACUGUUCUCGGAAGGCGAACACACCAGCAGUGAGGAGAACGACGCUCCUACAAAGACCGAAAAGCGACAAAAUGACCAGACGCGGAAGGUUCGAACGCGUGAUCUGGAGCCCGAGGCGCUUAAACCCUCGGAGACACGCAACGUGCGACUCGGAGCGCCAGAAAUCCUCGCGGGGCAGAAGUUUUACCGAUUUUUCCCCGACGCAGGAGCUGUAUUAGCUGAGGUGAAGCGUGUUUUCGGAGGUAAGAAGCCCCAUGUCGCCGUGCGCUACUUGGAGGACGGCUCAAACGAUGACAUCGAGCUGUCCACCAUGGAAAUCCUCAUCGCCAACGGGUGGGACGCGAACGCGGCUGAGCUCGCGUACAACAGCGAGAUCUGCCAGGUUUGUCUGCGUGGCGAUUGCUGGGACAAAAUGCUGCUUUGCGACGGCUGCAACAGCGGUCAGCACCUCUUUUGCCUCGAUAACCCGUUGAAGGAGGUGCCUACGGGAGACUGGUACUGCAAGGAGUGCGUGGAAGACGCUAUGGACCCGGACAAGAAGAAGGACAACCCAAAGUUUGGUUUCGAUAUGGGCGCAGAGAUCAGCAUGGUGGACUACAAGGAGCGCGCGGACGCCUGGAAGCGAGGCUACUUCUCUCUGUCGUCGGAUACUAACCCCGACGAAGCGAUUAGUGACCGUGACCUGGAGAAAGAGUACUGGCGGUUGCUGAGUAUCCCGAUGCAUGAGCAGCGCCUUGAAGUGCAGUACGGAAGCGACGUGGACACGGGAGCCAACGGCAGCGGCUUUCCUCGUCUCGACCUGUACAUGAAGAACCUGCGAACCGUGUCAAAGCGCUGGAAAAACCUGACUACCAAGGCCAAGAGUGAGUACAUGUUACAACUGAGCAAGUUCUUUUCGCACGGACUCCGCGAGGGCUUGGCGUCAGCCGCUGGAGGAGAGAACGUCAAUGCUGACGCGGCCAAAUCGUUAGAGGAGCUAGUGCAGCGCUACGCACAGGACGACUGGAACCUGAACAACAUGCCUAAGCUGCCUGGCUCCGUGCUUCAGCACCUGGACGAAGAUAUCAAGGGUGUCAUGGUGCCGUGGCUGUACGCCGGGAUGUGCUUCUCCACGUUCUGCUGGCAUGUGGAGGACCACAACUUCUACAGCACGAGCUACUUGCACUGUGGAGCGCCCAAGACCUGGUACGGCAUUCCGUGCGCCAGCGCGGAACACUUCGAACGCACCAUGAAGGAGCUGACGCCCGAGCUGUUCGGUAGUCAGCCCGACUUGCACAUGCAAUUGGUCACGAUGUUCUCGCCCAAGACACUGCGAGAGCAUGGCGUGCCGGUGUACCGAGCUACGCACCGACCGAACGAGUUCAUCGUAACGUUCCCGUCCGCUUACCACGCCGGCUUCAACAAUGGCUUCAACUGCGCCGAAGCUGUCAACUUCGCCACUGUGGACUGGUUACCGUGGGGUGCCAAGUCCCUGCGGAAGUAUCGCGAGUUCCGCAAGCUGCCAGUGUUCUGUCACGAAGCGCUCGUGUGCACGCUGGCCGAGACUCUCGUGGACGGCAGUAGCUUCGACUUUGAGCACACCGAGUCCUCCCUGCUCCCAGCAGUUGAACAAUUGCUGCACGAUUACCGCGAGUUCGAGCAACGCGUGAACGACAGCGACAGCAAGACGCGGGUCGUCAAGCGCGAACUCAUGGUCGAGUUUGAGAAGCACCAGUACCGUGUGGUUUCUGCUGGUGUUGCUGACCCCGAAGCCUCUUCGACGACUUUGAUGAGACGCAGCAUGGUUGCUCGAGCUUGCACGCGGCCGUCAAAGAUGGGGACCACCAAUCCGACUCGAGGCAACAGAGGCGGCAAGAUGAGGAUGAAGAUGGAGACUGCGGACGCAACCAUGCGACCCAGUAGGAUGGUGUUGUGGGCCGGUCGGUCAGGUAAGAAUGAGGGUCUCCGCUGCGUGACGUGCAAGCAGUACUGCUAUCUCCAGGCUGUGGUCUGCACUAGAUGUCGCCCACCUCAAAGCAGCAAUGGUGGCCCCACCGUUGGCUGUCUGGAGCACUACCCGACCAUGUGCAAGUGCGGAGACCCGGAGAACUUCGUGUACUUGUACCGCUACGAGGCUUCGCGUCUUGAGGAGAUGAUCAACAGUCUGCGCGGGCGACUGGAAGGAGCUCAAGCGUGGAGCAGGGACUGUGACGCCGCGCUUCGGCCACUCAACAAAGUUCACGUAACGAAGCCGACAGUUGAAGACUUGAAGCGCCUGCUGUCACGCGGAAAAUCCUGCGAUGGCGCUGAUCGUGGGCGUCUGGAUGCACUAGAACUAGCGAUAGCGGACACUGAGCGCUGGGAUUCGCACGCGCAACGCCUGCUUGGCUUCCUUCGCCAGGAAGACGGGAGUGUGUAUUUGAACGUGACCCAGUUCGAGUCACUGCUGCAGAGCUCUGAGAAGAUGAUCGUUGAACCCGCUGGACUCUCACAGAUCCGAGAAGUUGUCCGCGAGUGGCACGCAGCUCACGCUGCCGCCGUGGAUAUGCUGAGGUCGACGAUCGAUGUGCAGCGCAACGAGGCCGCGAGCAAAGUUCAUCUCCGGACUUCACCGUCUGACGCCUUGUCGGUUGUCCGCUCCAUGAGCGCUCCGAACGUGCUCCUGCACGACAACGUGCGCCACGGCAUGCUCACGACGUCGAUCUCGGAGCUGGGUUCUCGUCUGCGUGCCAUGAAAGAGAGCAGCUCAGGCGGGAGUUUGCUCAGCCAGCUCGCGGGCGCGCAGCGGUAUCUUGAAGUGCUCUGCAAGGUGAACGUCUUGUCCGCUUCCAUCGUGGAGAGAGCGCAAGGACGCACUGCCAUGAGCGCGCCGACGCAAGAGCAAGUGCACCGCGUGCUGGGUGAAGUGCACGACUUGCACCUCGUCGAUCCGAACACUAUUGCGAACACGGAGGCGCUGUGUAAGCUGCUAACUAUCACCCAAACGGAAGCAAUGGAGGUGGACGCAGCGCUACGAGACCGAUCGAAGAGCACUGAAGAGCUGGAGGCAUUGCUGCGACGUGCAAAGUCGCUCCCCAUUCCUCCCGCGAGAGUUCAAGAGCUUGAGGAACGACUCGAGAAGUGCCGACUGUGGGAACAACGCGCGCACCAGAUUCUGAGCGUUGUCUCGGGAUCUGCGGCCGCGCCGAAUUUCAAGUCGAUGAUGGAGCGGCCGUCAGUGGACCAGGUCGAGACGUUCUACGCCCAAGCGGACAGCCAUUUUGUGCCUAGCACGUCGCUGCUUCGACGACAAGUGCACUCGCGCCUGCAAGACUGCCGUCGCUGGUGCGACGCUGUCCACGCGCUGUUCCUGCGGCCGUCGAAUAGCCAUCUCCCGCUCGGUCAGUUCUUGCAGAGUGCUCUGGAUAAGGUGCAGCAGCAACUCUCGCGCUCUGUCGACCAGGCGUUGCGAGCACACUCGCGUUUGCACUGCGUGUGCCAGCAGGUGCUCAGUGAGCGAGCUCAGCUCGUGACUUGUCAGCGUUGUCGCUGCUACUUCCACCCGCAGUGUGUCCCCGAGCUAUUGCCGCAGCGUGCCAAGGAGGCGUUCCUUUGUGCGUCAUGCCGACCACCGCAGCGGAAGCGUGCAAGUCACGGUAAUGCGCCGAUCUUCUGCGUGUGUCGUGGGCCGGAGCACGCGCCCAUGAUCUGCUGCGACUUCUGCGAUGAAUGGUACCACUCGACCUGCGUUGAUCUCUCGCCUCGGGAGCUCGACGGUAUCGAAGCGUUCCGCUGUCCGCGCUGCUCGCGACGACAGAACCUCUACUACUUGGACAAGAAGCUGCUGCGUCGCGAGUGUUUGGGGCGACGCCCAGCGUUGGCGAGAGUGGAGAACGUUUUGGCUCAGAUGCAGGCGCAGCUUGUGGCGUGCCCUCCUGGAGCUCACGAACUCAUGGCGUACGUCCACGCAGUGAAGGGCGUGGAGAACCAUGCCAACAAUUUCGUCCGAGACUUCGCGUUGCGACCAUUUUCACCCGCUGCUUACUCUACGCUGGACUACGUCAGGACGCAAGAAGCCGCCGUGGUGCAGCUGAUGGAGCGCGUAACGAGCCUGGAGGUUGGACUGGAGACAGCGCAACUGCAACUGGGCGCAGUGCACUGGUGUCUGCGGGCUUGCCAGCUUGUACUCGGUCCGAAUAGCCACGCGCCACGAUACGCGUACUUGGCCGCGCUGCUGCAGGACGUGAAGAGCCAAGAACCGGGCUUUGUGUUCCCUCGCGAGGAGUAUCGGAUGAUGCAGUUGACGAUCGCCGAGCGAGUGAGCAAGGCGGCGCAGUGGAUGCGCGCUGCCAAGACGCUCGAGGUGGAGGAGUGGAAUGUCGAGAAGGCUCGCCGCCUGCAGCGAGAAGCGGAGGAACUGAGCGCGUACCUCGAGCUGCCAGCAGCGGAACUGCAGCUUGUACAGAAUAUUGUAGUGGGUCGGAUGCAUCAAGCUGUCGGCGCUGUUGCAGUGGAGGAAGAGGAGGAGGAAGAAGAGGCGACGUACGAUGAAGAGCCUGAUAGCCCCAGUGCCGUUGCCUGGAAGAAGCAAGCGCGCUGGUAGCGAGCAAAGCCUAGACAAUACUACACACAACUGUUCUAUAAGGUUAACUCCUUUUCGUUAAGAGUGUCCUCCGCGGGACAUCAGUCUUUUGACACUUAGUAUCUGUAGUAGGCGGGUAGAUUAUCUUGCGGAUCGUACCGAGGCUACGUGUAACACGUCCCCACUCAUUAUUAUCUU